CAAAAGGAGAUGCGUAAAAAGAGUAGAAAUAAGGUUUUGAUCGAACCGAAGUUCAAUUGGUUUAUAACUUGUUUUUUACUUCUUUCCUUUCACUUUCUACUCCUUGUCCCUUUCACAUUCCAUUCUACCACCCACCCUUUUUCACCUGAAUUUUUUUCUGUCAAAUGGCCCCACAUCACAUUGAACAUCUUAAUGACUGGAUGUCUCAAAUGAAUGCGAUUUCAAAUCGCACAGACGAGGAUGGUCCUUACUUCUUGCAGGAGUGUUUUAGUCGUAGUAAAGUCGUUGAUGCUGACGAGGAUUCAGCUGUAUUCGAAUACACUGUUCAGAAAUCUGAUUGCAACAUAUCCAACAACUUUCAUGGUGGAGCGAUCGCCGCCCUGGUCGAUAAUCUGACCAGUGCUGUCAUGUUUACUAGAGAGCGCAAGUAUUUCCAACUUGCAGGCGUCUCAACCGAUCUACAUGUCACCUACGUCUCGGCCGCACCACUCGGUACUACUGUCUUGGUCGAAUGUAAAGUCAACAAGGUCGGCUCUGCCUUGGCCAAUACAACCGCUGUUUUGAGGGAAAAGGAUUCAGGCAGAAUCAUAGCCACUGCUACACACACCAAGUUCAACACUGACUCUAGAAUUGGAGGAGGAUCAAAGCUUUAGAUUCUACACUACAGAAUAAAUCUCUACAAGGGCUAUUCUAGACUCUGAAAAAGGGACAUUCCCUUGUCAUUUUAGUAAUCAGUUAAUCCUUAAUUCAGUUUAUGGAAUUCCCAUAUCCUGGAGAAAUGAUCAACUAAAAUUGAAUGUUAAUUUUGAUCAACUUGACUCGUUCUCGGAGAGAGCACG